AUGUUGAUUGGAUGGAGCUCUAAGAAGAAGAAGAGCGAGGUGGAGAGUGGCGAGAAGUCAGCAAUCAUGGAAGAGCUGAAGGACGUGCCCGGUGGCGCCAUGAAGCGAUGGAAGGAGUACACCUGGCCCAAGAUGCUGGAGGCAGUUCGUACUUGUGUACUGAGCUGCAAGGAAGAUGUGGGAGCUCAUCCACGCGGUUGCUUCGAGCUGUUCGGCUUCGACUUUCUGCUGGACUGCGACAUGGGGCCUUGGCUGCUUGAGGCCAACAGCAGCCCCGACCUCUGUGAGGAUGCAGGGCCUAGCCUCAGGAGGAUGACGGAGGCGGCGAUGCAGCAGCUCUUGCAGCUGGUUCUGGCCAUGGAGCAGGGGGUUCUGGUGCUGCCAGGGGCCACGAAGUGCGACGCUCCGGUGCUGGGCAGCGGAGAUUGGCACCUCAUCUUGCAGGAGGAGGCGCAUUCGGCGCAAGAGGCUCCAAAGAACUUGAGCUGCGCCGCGCAGUACGUGCUCCUGGCGGAGUUUGGGGAAAGGAAGGUGCCAGAACUGGACGAAAGCCCUCUGAAGAUGAUGCCGUUUGUCUUGAGGGUGGACAUUGGACACGAUGAGGUUCCAAGAGCAGAUGCGGAGGCCCUGAACGAGACUAUGAUCUCGACCUCCAGGCUGACCUUGCCUGAGGAGUCCGGACGGAAUUUUAUAUUCGAGGCCGAUACGCCCCCGCCACCACACCCUGUCUCGCGGCCUGCCAAGGUUGGGCAGCAGCUAAUGGUGAGCUCCCUGGGCACCGUCGGCCACCCGUUUACGUGUGCACGACCCUGCAGAUAUGUCAAGCGAAAGGGCGGCUGCCGAGACGGAGCAAACUGCCCGUGCUGUCAUGAGUGCUUCUGGACCAAGGCUCGAGGGGAGGAGAAAGCGCCGAAUCCGUCCCACAUGGGCCCUGAGGUGCUGCCCCUAUCAGAGGGAAGCCAGGGCCAUCCAAACAGGUGUGCUGGUGCUUGCAAGUAUGUACGUCGCAAGGGCGGCUGCAGAGACGGGGCAGCCUGCCCCAAGUGCCACUUCUGCCAAUGGCGACGGGAUGGCUUGAAGAACCCGCCUGAGCAGAACGGCACGCAGGCCUUCAGCGUCCAUGCUCCCGGGCUCCUCCCCAGUUUUGGUUCCGAGGACGACUGCGAGGAGGAGCACGGAACGCAUGCCUCGCCUCUCCCGUUGCCACUCAAGCUCCUUAGCGAGUCGCAGUGCGCAGAGUCGCUGGAGAUGUUGCCAUCGAUUGGAUCACUGGGACAUCCCUUCACCUGCGCCGCCCCCUGCAGGGAUCAUGGCGACAACAACUGCCAGGAGGGCCUGCAGUGCACAUCUUGUCACCGCUGUUGCAGUUCAAAGAUGGUGCUUACCUCAGGGCAGACCUUUCAUCUUUGA